AUGAAGAGAGGGAAAAGAGAUGAGUCGGCGCCAUUACCAUUCCUUCCCUAUGAUCUGAUAUUCAACAUACUCUCAUGGUUACCCGUCAAGUCUAUUUUACGAUUCAAGUGUGUGCGCAAGUCGUUGCUCACUCUGUCCACUAACCCUGACUUUGUCAAGAAACACCUCAGCCGAUCCCAAAACCGCAAACUCAUCGUUUCAUGUAAGUCUCGCGCUUCAUACCCUAGACUCCUCGUAAUGCCAACAUGUGGUACUGAUGAUCACAGACCCAUUCACAAUAUUGGUAUCAGGGGUAUAAAUGCCAAAAUCGUGGGUUCCUGUGAUGGCUUGGUAUUAUAUGCAACUCAAGUUCCCGAUAGGCUUUACUUGCUCAACCCUUCAACGGAAAAGCUCAAUACAUUACCAGUCUUAUCAUCACGAAUUGAACAUAUACAUUCUAGUUUCUCGUAUGGAUUUGGUUUUGAUGCUUCUAUUGAUGAUUACAAAGUGGUAGCAACCUCGGCAUUCUUUGAUCGAGACUCCUAA